CGGAAGCGAUUUUCCGACUGUGAUGUCUGGAAAAGAAGUUCUUCGUAAUACUCAGAAUAUUUGAAACUCGUAUCUAAAAGUGAUCUUAAAUAACAUCCUAGUUAUUCGUUUUUCUUUAGGGAGAAAAGGCAAAAUGUCUCAAGACAAGUUAACACGUAUUGCUAUAGUGAGUACAGACAAGUGUAAGCCUAAGAGGUGUCGUCAGGAAUGCAAGAAGUCAUGUCCUGUUGUAAGAAUGGGAAAGCUUUGUAUUGAAGUGACGUCAAACGAUAAAAUAGCAUACAUCUCGGAAGAAUUAUGUAUUGGGUGUGGUAUAUGCGCUAAGAAAUGCCCGUUUGAAGCUAUUUCUAUCAUCAAUUUACCAAGUAAUUUAGAACGUGAUACAACCCAUAGAUACAGUGCCAAUUCUUUCAAACUUCACAGGCUUCCAAUGCCAAGGCCAGGUGAAGUGUUAGGACUAGUGGGUACAAAUGGUAUCGGGAAGUCAACAGCUCUAAAAAUUCUAGCUGGAAAACAAAAACCCAAUUUGGGUAGAUUUAAUGAACCUCCUGAUUGGACGGAUAUCCUUACAUACUUUAGAGGUUCCGAAUUACAGAAUUAUUUUACUAAGAUUUUAGAGGAUGAUCUCAAAGCUAUCAUCAAACCGCAGUAUGUGGAUCAAAUACCGAAAGCUGUCACGGGAACAGUACAGUCGCUGCUGGACAGAAAAGACGAUACAAAAACGCAGGUUCCAGUUUGUAAACAGCUUGAUUUACUCCACAUACGAGAUCGUAAUGUGUUGGAUUUAUCCGGCGGUGAGCUUCAACGAUUUGCUUGUGCUGUUGUCUGUAUACAGAAUGCUGAUAUUUUUAUGUUUGAUGAACCUUCCAGUUACUUGGAUGUUAAACAGAGGUUGAAAACUGCUGUGCAAAUAAGAAAUCUCCUAUGUGACAAAAAUUAUGUGAUUGUAGUGGAACACGACUUGAGCGUUUUAGAUUAUCUAUCAGAUUUUAUAUGUGUACUUUACGGAGUUCCCGGUGCCUAUGGUGUUGUCACUAUGCCGUUCUCAGUCAGAGAAGGUAUUAACAUUUUCCUUGAUGGUUUUGUGCCGACUGAAAAUCUACGUUUUCGUGAGUCGUCCCUCAUCUUCAAAGUCUCUGAAACAGCCGAUGAAGAAGAAAUAAAGAAAAUGUGUCGCUAUAGAUACCCAGAGAUGACAAAAAAGUUAGGUAAGAUAUCAUUGACAACCAGUGAACUAUCGCUAGCAACCAGUGAGCUAUCCCUAGCCACCAGUGAGCUAUCCCUAGCCACCAGUGAACUAUCGCUAGCCACCAGUGAACUAUCGCUAGCCACCAGUGAAGCCACCAGUGAACUAUCGCUAGCCACCAGUGAACUAUCGCUAGCCACCAGUGAACUAUCGCUAGCCACCAGUGAACUAUCGCUAGCCACCAGUGAACUAUUGCUAGCCACCAGUGAACUAUCGCUAGCCACCAGUGAACUAUCGCUAGCCACCAGUGAACUAUUGCUAGCCACCAGUGAACUAUUGCUAGCCACCAGUGAACUAUUGCUAGCCACCAGUCAACUAUCGCUAGCCACCAGCGCAACUAUCGCUAGCCACCAGCGCAACUAUCGCUAG